AUGUCCGCCACUCAAACAGAAGAGAAGACGCACGUUGACGAUGCGUCCGACAAGCCCAAGAAGACGCCGACCAAGAAGAAGACCGUCAAGAAGAAUCAACAGUCGCAGCCGGCGCCCGAGAGCGAUGCCAGCAGCGAUGAGGAGUAUGAGCAGCAGGCUGCACCUCAACGCCAAGCCCAGCAGUAUGCCGAACCGCAGGAAUUGACCCGACCGCCCCGCAAACAGGACAAUAUAGACGACGUCGCAAUGCAGCCGCUGCGCGAACGCAAACACAUGAUCUCACAGACCAUUGGCGAGCAACACAUGAAAGAGAUCCAGGAGAAGCGGGACAAGGAGGGCGAUGAGAAGCAGAGCCUCAAGAUCAAAAUCUCGCUCGAUCUUGACGUGGAGGUGCAUCUGUCGGCGCGAGUCAAGGGAGACAUUACGAUCGGGCUUCUAGACUAG